GCCCGUUGUCAACGCAAAGUGGAGAUUGGUCACCUGUGACAUCCAGAGGAUCUGCUGCAAGUGCCAUUUCCCUCCCUUCUCUCUUCAGGACUCCCACCCUCUUGUCAUCCCUCCACUGGGACAUCUCCACAUCAUCAGCAUGCCUACAGCUUGCACAAGGUGCACCUUGGGAGUCUGACCCACCAUGUGCAGAUGGACGCCGUUCGUAGCUCAUCUCUGUCCUGAACCUGCCCUCGGCACCACCACCGCCGCGGCCUCUGCCGGGCGACCUCUCCCCUUCCCCAGUGCUGCCUCCCUCUGCCUGGCAUGCUUCACCCUGCUCCUGGUCACGGCUGGCACCGCCACAGGGGCCUGUCCACCUGGGGUUGGACAUGAACCCCUACAGGUGCUGGCGAGCAGCAUCAACUGCUCAUGGACUUUGGAAAGGCACACUCGCAGUUACAAUCACCUAGAGGGCGACGUCCGUCUACGGCGUCUUUACUCCGCCAACAAGUUCUUCCUCUGCAUUGACAAAACAGGCAAGGUGGACGGCACCCGGCGGAAAAACUACGCAGACAGCCUGAUGGAAAUCCGAUCUGUCAGUGUGGGAGUUGUUGCCAUCAAAUCUGUCAGCACCGGGCUGUACUUAGCUAUGUCCAAGAAAGGCACGCUCUUUGGAUCGGUGAAGUACAACCCAAGCUGCAAGUUCAAGGAGCGCAUUGAGGAGAAUGGCUACAACACGUACGCCUCCCUCCGCUGGAAGCACGGUGGCAGGCAGAUGUUUGUUUCGCUGAACGGGCGGGGGAAGCCACGGCGAGGUCACAAGGCCCGUCGAAGACACCCAUCUACUCAUUUCCUGCCCAUGCUCCCCUCCUAGCUGCCCAAGUCUGAACUCUGACCGGCGACUGGCCGGCUCACCUGCCUCCUCUCACUAGCGUUGAUCUAGCCGUGACCGCCAUCUUUAUUUUUAUUACUCCAUCCUCCUGUCACAUAAAUGUACAUUUGUUGAGGGUUGUAACAUUUGUAGAGUUAGUAUAAUAUGUACUUUUAAGUUAUUUUUUCCAUUUUCUAAUGAUGUUCAGUAAUACAGUAAACAUACAGUAGUAUUAUAUUAUCCCCAGGCGUCCGUCUGGCUACAGUAUCUGUCUGUGUUUCUGCACUGCAUGUAAAGCAGUGUUUGGGUGACUUUAAGAGGACUUAAAAGGGACAGCAAGGCUUGGAAACAACAAAAUGUGGCUCACUGGUUUGUUAUGUAGACUAUUUAGAUGCUCAGCUCAAUAGGAAAGAAGCAUCUGGUACAGCAAAAAUGAUAUUUUAAUUCUAAGUAUCACAGCUUAAACAAGAAGAAACUUUGAAAUAGCAGCCUGUUCUCAUUCCCAGGGCGUCAAAUACCACCACUUCUUUUUACACCCCUUGAUCUGUGAUAUUGAUGCCAAAGGCCCUCUUUGGUGUUUUUAGGAGAUGCACUGGGCUUUCGACUAACCCCAAUGUAAACCAUUCUGCGGCACUACUUGACGCUGUCCACUCAGGGCAGAGGGGAAGUGAGGUGGAUGGGUCAAACAAAACCGACCUUCAGGAGACCACAAUUCAUCUCCAGUGUGAAAUCAAAAGUCAGUUUUGUUUUAACAUAACGUUACACAAUUUGCAUACUUAUAGCCACCUUACGUGACAAAAAUACUUUUAACCCAAAACUUUAUUCUCUAAACCUAACACAAUACACUUUUUGCCUAAUCCUAACACUGACCAUUUUACGAAGUCAAACACGUGUAACAAUGUGUUUCAACUGUGUAGCCUGUGUGUUGUGAUGAGACUUCCAGUUGCGUGACAAUUCAUGUAUUUGACAACCUGCACUGAGAAUAGUUUGGAAAUAGCUACUCAUCAGGGUCGUUGCUACCACUGGGGAUACUUAUGUUCU